CAGUUGAAGUCUGAUUUUAUCAAACUGUUGAAGGAGACGUCCGACAUUGAUCGUAAAUCACGCUGGAGCGAAAUCAAGAAAAAGAUUAAUUCUGAUCCGCGCUACGAUGCGGUUGAUAGUAGUUCCAGACGUGAAGAUUGGUUCCGUGAUUACGUCAAGACGCUAGAUGAUGAUUCAGACGAUGAUGGCAGAAAAGAAAAACAGAAACAGGACAGAAUCCGUGAAAGUAUCCGUAAACGUGAAGAGGAAGUCCAAGAAUCACUAUCCUCGUCUCUCCGUGAUCGUGAUAAGGGGAGAGAACAACAUAAAAAAGACGAGGCGAUACAACAUUUUAACGCUCUUCUUGCUGAUCUGGUUCGUAAUUCAGAAGCGUCGUGGCGUGAUACAAGAAAGCAGUUACGUAAAGAUCAUAGAUGGGAUUUGGCUGAACAAAUCGAACGAAGUGAAAAGGAGAAAUUAUUUGAUGAACACGUCGAAAAUUUAAACAAAAGAAAUCGUGAAAUGUUUCACAAACUGCUUGAUGAAACAGAGAUCAGUUUAAAUGCUAGUUGGAAAGAGGUCAAGAAAAUUAUAAAAGAAGAUCCAAGAUCCUCAAAAUUCUCUUCAAGUGACCGGAAGCGAGAAAAGGAGUUUUUAGAAUAUCAACAUGAGAAGUUUGUACAAGCGAAGACUAACUUCCGUGAAUUGUUGAAAGAAAAUAAACUCAUUACAUAUAAGUCAAAGAAAAUGAUAGAAGAAAGUGAUAAUCAUUUUAAAGAUAUUAUAACUAUAUUAGAGAAUGACCAGAGAUACUUGGUGCUGUCCUGUGAUGAAAAUGAACGAAAUAAGAUAUUGAUGUCAUAUAUUGAAGACCUCGAGAGAAAAGGUGUUCCCCCACCUCCGACUGCAUCAGAACCAUCCCGCAGAUCAACAAAAUAAUGGAAUCAUCGUCUAAGGGAUAUCGUUUUAACAAGUUAUUGUAAAUAUUUAUAUAUAUAUUGUCCAAUCAUUGUGUGUCACAUGACUAGUGAUUGUAUGUCACAUGACCAGUGAUUGUAUGUCACAUGACCAGUGUUAAGAUUUAAUCUCACUUGGUUUUUUUUCUCAUACGAAUCAUUUUAUUUCAUUUUACAUUAUCUCAUUUGAUACCAUGCGACAAAUCAUUGUUAUACACAUAUUAACACACUGUAUAAAUCAUUGUUAUCCAGUCCUUUAGUAACCAAUAUAAAGCUGAAUGGAUAAGACUAAUUUGUAACACUACUCAUUGUCUCUGUUAUCCAGUCCUUUAGUAACCAAUAUAAAGCUGAAUGGAUACAACUAAUUUAUAACUUUACUCAUUGUCUCUGUUAUCUAGGGUUUUUUUUGUAACACUGGACUGCAAUACAAAUGAGCAUGUAGUCUUUGUUAUCCAGAAUAAUUGGCCUUUAGCAUAUUCAGCUAACAAAAUGCAUUUAGUGGCCUUGAUGGUUCUAUAGCCUUGUUUAGUAGGUCUUUAAGAAGUAUUGCUAGCACUAAUAGCAGUUCUGUCUAGUUUUUCCAGUUGCUAAUAGUUGUAUCACUAGUACUUAAAGUGGCAUUAUGUUCCCUUGUUCAACAUUGGUCUCCACAAGGCAAAGUUUGGGUAUGAUGCUUCAGUACUUACUGAACUUUGGUUCAUGAUAGGGUGGCCCAUGUACUCACAAAAAUACAGUCCACCGCUGAUAGUUCGAGACUACCACUGAAGCGAGACCAACUUUCUGACAGUAUGAUACUAUAAAUAGCCAUGGCACGUGCAAUUCUCUACAAAUCUAUCAACUAUUACAGCCGUAAAAAAUUUAUUGUCGACGAUUUUGGAUAGCAGUUAAAUUAAGCUUCUUGGUUAUUACAGCAGAUUUAGAAAUUACGUUCGUUUCAUUUUUUAAAUCGCUUUAUCAUUGACUGUACCGUUAAGAGCGGCAUCUUUUGGUUUAGUACAAAUAAUAUAUCUGAAUCACUCGGGUUAGGCAGGAACAUGAUACUAGCAGUAGUUUCAUUUUACUUUUACAAGCUUCUUAAAACGAUUGUUGAGCUACCUAACGUGCUUAUUUCUAAAUUCAAUUUCUUGUUCUAGCUUUCUGGUACGUUUCGUAAAAAAGUAGUCUUGAUUAUCCCGACCUGUCAAUCAGACGUAGAAUGGUCGAUAGACUGGUUAAGCGAGACUAAUUUCAAAACAAGGGCACGUAACCUAUCUUUUACUCAAAAGUGUCUGGAUGUUAUGGACGACUCUUGGAACCAGUUUUCAGUCUAUUAUUUAUACAUGAUUAAUGGUCAUAGCUUAUUAAGUACAACAUGAUCGUUUAUUUAGUGACUAUAAUUGUGUGAAACUGAUUUGAGGCUUGGCAUAUAUAUAAAUAUUGUGGCGUAAUUGUCGAGAUAUAUGGAGAUAUUUAUUUAUGGUGGGUCACCCUAUUCAUGAUAACAGACUGUGUAGCUAAUGGAACAUGAUGUUCAAGUCUACUAAACUUGAGGUCAAUUCCUUAUUAAAACAAGGCUGCUUAAUAAAGUGUAUAUUAUUUAUGUAAUACCAACCAUCUUUAUGUUUGAAUAGCUUUUAUUUCACAUCUAUAACCUUAUACCAGUGGUUACAGUGUGUUCCCUAGCGAUCAUGUAGUCUAGUUUGUAAUACCAACCAGCUUUACGAUUGGAUAGUUUUUAUGUCAAUUCUAUAACAUAACACCAGUGGGUAUGGUGUGUUCCCUAUUAAAUAUGGCCUGGUUUUUUUUUUAAAAAAUGUAGCUAUGAUCAUGUAGUCUAGUUUGUCACAAUAGAGCUUUAAUUAGGAUUGUUUCUAAUUUGGCUUUGAUCAUACUUUAAAUAGAAGAAUAGAAUCGGACAACUUUAAGAAUUUUUGAGCAUACCAGAAUAUUCGUAAAGAAGUCAAAGUGCUGAGAUUUGUUGAAUCGAGAAUGACGUCAUGGGAUGUACGUGUGUAUUGGAGAGCUUUUAUAUUUGUUGAGAAGAAUGCUGUAUAAAAAUGUGUUGAAUAUUUUAAACGUGCUAAUAUUAUUUCGUCUCAUUUGCAUAUUUUAUUAUUACACAUCAAAAUAAACUAGUGUACAUUUCAA